AUGAAGAGCCUUCUCCCUCUGCUCAUCCUCUGCCUCACAGGCUCCCACUGCUUCCCUGCAGGUUUCGAAACCAAAGAGGAAGACCUACAAAUCACCCAGAAUUAUCUUGAGAAAUUCUAUGACCUGAAACCUGAAGCAGUGAAACUUCCAAGGAAGAAAAACAGUAGCCCAGUUGUUGAGAAGCUCAAGGAAAUGCAGAAAUUCUUUGGGUUGAAAGUUACUGGGAAGCCAGAUGAUGAAACUCUAAAGAUAAUGAAACAGCCCCGAUGUGGGGUCCCUGAUGUGUCUCAGUUUGCUAUCACUGAAGGAAAUCCUAAGUGGGAAAAGAAACACCUUACUUACAGCAUUGAAAACUACACACCAGAUUUAAGAAAGGAAGAUGUGGACAGUGCCAUCAGGAAAGCAUUUAAAGUCUGGAGCGAUGUGUCCCCCUUGACAUUCACUAAGAUUUCUGAGGGUGAAGCAGAUAUAAAGAUCUCCUUUCACUAUGGAGAUCAUUAUGAUAAUUCUCCCUUUGAUGGUCCCAAUGGAAUUCUUGCUCAUGCCUUCCAACCAGGCCCACAUAUUGGAGGGGAUGCUCAUUUUGACGAAGAUGAAAAUUGGACAAAAGACCAUAGAAAUUACAACUUGUACCGUGUUGCUGCUCAUGAGCUGGGCCAUUCUCUGGGUCUUUCCCAUUCUUCUGAUAUUGGUGCCUUGAUGUUCCCCAGCUAUGCUUUCAGUGACCCUAAUGAUAUCCAGCUCUCUCAGGAUGAUAUUGAUGGCAUUCAAGCCAUCUAUGGGCCCAUCGAUAAUCCUGUCCAGCCAACAGGACCAACAACACCACGAGCCUGUGAUGGAAAAUUAACUUUUGAUGCUGUCACCACAAUCCGGGGAGAAAAAUUCUUCUUCAAAGACAGGUUCUAUCUCCGUAAGAACCCCUAUGAUCCAGAGGCAGAAGUCAAUUUAAUUUCUGUCUUCUGGCCAAACCUCCCAAGUAGGAUUGAAGCUGCUCACGAAGUUGCAGAAAAGGACAUAGUCAGGUUCUUCAAAGGUAACAAGUACUGGGUCACACAGGGUCAGGAUGUGUUGCCAGGUUACCCCAAGGACAUCUACAGAACUUUUGGUUUUCCUACCACUGUGAAGAAAAUUGAUGCUGCUGUUUCUGAUGAAUCCACUGGAAAAACAUAUUUCUUUGUGGGGAACAAGUGCUGGAGAUAUAAUGAACACAGAAGAUCUAUGGAUGCAGGUUAUCCAAAACUGAUAAGAGAUGACUUUCCUGGAAUUGGGAGCAAAAUUGAUGCUGUUGUCAGUGACAAUGAGUUCUUCUAUUUCUUCAGUGGAACAAGGCAGUAUAAAUUUGAACCCCAAACGAAGAGAGUUGUGACUGUUUUGAAGACCAACAGCUGGUUUAACUGUGGAAACUACUGAGCAAGAUUUCAAGAUAAUUUAUAAGCACCAAGAAGAUGUUUUCUAAAAGAGCCACAUUUUUCAGUAUUCAGUACCUUUUUAUUUGUUUGUUUUAAUUAGCCUGGAUAACUAUGGGAAAAUAACUUGUUUUUUGUACUGUGGAAGUUGUUGAGGGUGGGUGUGGGGGGGGAGUGGGAGCUUAGAACCACUAUUUUUUAAAUGUCUUUUGUAUUCUUAACAUUGUUGUUGUCUUAAUAAUAGGAAAUACAUUAUGUCCAGGAGACUGAAAUACUAUAUUUAAAAAACUUAUUUAAAUACCAAGAUAUGAUUCUAGGCUGUGAGUUUCAAAAACUCAUACCUUGGCCACAAGAGAGAAUGGGUCAACCCGUGUGAACAAUUUGUUACAAUCAAUCACUAGUAUGAGAAAAACAGUUCUUCCUAGUGGUGGGUCAUGGGUCACUGGUGUUUUCUCUGUAACACAAUGGAUAGCACAUUCAAUUUUUUCUGAAAGUUAAAAGAUUUUAUAUUUGGAACAAAACUAGAUUCACUUCCUCCAUUUAAUAAGAAUUGAAAAUUCCUUGCGGGCAGGUACCGCUUUAUUAUGGAAGACACAUCUAGAAGAAUGUUUCAUGUAGUAGUUGCUUAAUAAAUGUUCGCUUAAUUGAAA